AGAACAAAGCAUUGUUUCAGUUACAUGCCUCGUUAGACCAAAUGAACUCAUGUUUAAUCAGCCGCGCAAAUUAGUUAGCGCGCAGAAAAAAUAUGUCUCUCAGCCCUUAAAGGUUCCAACACCACCCUCCCCUCACCAUAAAAAUGAACUCGCACCAUGCUGACAGACAUCUCUCAAAGAAGAUAAAGGUUGCGUGUGCCUUUAAGAGAACAAUGUCCCACGCUACAUGUCUCGCUCUGAGCCUCAUAUGUGGUGGUUGGCAUCAGCUGUCCUCAGUGCAGUGGGUAGAGCAAGGACAUGUUUUUCCUUCAUAUUGUCGGAGCAAGGUAAAUAUUGGAAACAUCUACCGAUCACAGGGCAAAGAAGGCGACAUCAGAAGAGAAAGAGAAGAGAAAAGGAUAAAAAAAAAAGACAAGAAUUGAACUUUUUAUUCAAACAGCCUAUAUGGAAGUUGAUGAGGGUUUUUCUUGGGGUAAAUACAAUUAGACACUGAAACAACAAGCAAACCAGGAUCGCUAUGGAACCACAACCUGCCUCAUUCCUGGUUGCUGUCCCGUGUUUCCCACCACCACCACCACCAUCACCACCAACACCACCAACGCAUCGUCCUCCUAAACUGGACCAGAGCAACUUCAAGAGGGUCGGACGCAGAGAGGACCCCGAUCCCCACCCCAUCCCGGGGCUGCCAGCGGACAUCCUCCACAUGAGGGUGAAGGAGGGCAGCAAGAUCCGGAACCUCCUGCGGUUCGCCACGGCUCGCAUGCAAGGUCCGGGCCAGGGCGGCGGCGUUGGCGGCGGCAGUGGCGGCGGCGGCGGCGGGGGGGCCCUGAGGCAGGUGGUCUUCACCGGGUCGGGCCGGAGCCUCACCAAGACCAUCACCUGCGUGGAGAUCCUGAAGCGCCAGGUGGGCGGGCUGCACCAGGUGUCCAAGCUGUGCAACAACACGGUGAGCGAGGCGUGGGAGAGUCUGCGGAAGGGAGUGCCGGGGGUAACCAUAUGCCGCACGGUCCCGGCCCUCACCAUCCUGCUCUCCAUGGACCCCCUGGACCCCCAGGAGCCUGGCUACCAGCCCCCACAGAGGGACCCUCAUGGUCCCCCUUCACAACAUAUGGCCCCCGGGGCAAAGAGGGUCCGCCUGGAGGAGGGAAACAGAGAGCUACCCUCCACGUCGUCGGUUUGACUCGGUCCUAAAUGACGCCAACUGGGACCGUUUUUUUCGUAGAGAUGUUGUUAAAAUGUUGCAGCUUUGAUGUUAUUACAUUUUUUGUAAAUGCUGGAGGGAUGACAAUUUAAAUCACAGUUAUAACUUAAAUUGAAAUAUUUGGGAUAUCUGUUAUGCUAAAUUGAAUAAAUAAAGCACAAUAUAUGUAUGUU